AUGGCAGAACGGCCACCCAAACGUGCAAAGCACGCAGCACCCACCGCCCGUCUAGACACCGAAGAAAGAGUAGGGUCACGGCCAGGCUCGAGCGGAAAAGACUUCAAGCCCCGAUCCCGCGACACCAAAGAGGAAGACCGGCGAGGUGCGAGAAGAGAUGAUGAGAGAAGACGCAGGUCAAGUUCUCGAGAUACGCCUGAAAAGAAACGGGAGCGUAGCAGGUCAAGAGAACGGAAACACCGUGACAGGGACCGCGAUCGAGACAGGCCAAGAGAGAAGGACAGGGAUAAGGAUCGAGGCGGGAGACACAAAGAUGCGGACGGACGGCCACGACGUGAGAGGAGUAGGAGCGGCGACAGGCACCGAGAUUCCAAAGAUCACCGAGGCGAACGCUCCAAACGUUACUCACGCUCACGGUCUCCCGUGCGUAAUGGUGGAGGCCCAUCAGUCCGGACACGGUCCCCUCUCCGUCGAAGCGACCACGACCGGGACCGCGCACGAAACCGGCCACCGAGAAAGGACGAAGAAGAAUCGCGGACAACAAAACCAAAGGAAGACGAAAUAAGUAGCGCAAUUGCAAGCAGACCACCCAACUCGACAGUCAAUGGCGAUUCAAUGGCCGUCGAUGAGGAUGACGACAGUGCUCUCCUGCGGAAGAUGAUGGGCUUCACGACGUUCAAGACCACGCAGAACACAAAGGUGCCGGGAAACCAGAUCUACGGCGUCAGGAAGGAGAAGAAGACAGAAUACAGGCAGUAUAUGAAUCGGGUGGGCGGUUUCAACCGGCCACUCAGCCCCUCCAGAUGA